AACUAAACAACUAUUUAGUGAAUGCUUCAAAACAAUACAAGUGAAGACAUUUGUUUAUCAAACUAGACAGUUUAAAAUAGUGCACCAGUAACAGCGGCCAAACACCAAACAUACAAAACAUUAUGUUUUCAAAACAAUUUAUUGUAAUCAAUGAGCAACUUGUUUAUCCAAGCAAUUGUUUUACUGCCAUUAUUCUAUUGUUAGGGUAGAUUAGUUAGGUGAUAUGUUUAAGCUUUGCACGCAGUCCUGCAGCCCUCGAGUUUGAUUGACACACAUACGCGCGCGCGCAGGUACGAGCCGCCGUCAGUCGUCCCGCGCCCGUCGACCGAGCGCCCGCGUCGCUGCGUCGUGUAACAAAACCGGCCCGAAUGCCGGAGAACCAGUCGGCGGGAUGGCGAGUCUCGGCGUGCUAGUAGCGCCAUGUUGAAACAUACGCAGCGGCCGCCGGCGGCGAACGAUGCCGACCACCGCUACCAGAACAUGCCGCGGCGGCCGCACCACCACCUGCCCCUUAACGUGUCCACCCUGGACUCGUCGAAGCACUCUGUUGGAGGGACUUCGGCGAGCGUCAGCCCCGGAGCGCAGCCGCCGACGUCGACGGCUCCCGUGUCCGUCGUGGCCCCGCUGCCGGUGUCCUCUCCGCCGAAGCUCGCGAAUGGCUCCGCGCCGGGGGUCCCGCCGCCGCGGCCCAGCUCGCACCGGAACCGCAGCACGCGCGCCGCCACGGAGGAGGCGCUCACGUCGCUGGCGCUGCUCUGCCUCGUCAGCUUGCUGCUCGCUCUGCUAGCGCUGCUGUUCUUGCUGAAGAUCUCGGCGCCUGCGACCAGUGCUCCCGAGGAGUUUGCAGUGGUGUAUGAAGUGACAUUAGCGUUGUGUGCAUUGACGCUAUCAUUGAAUCUUUGCUGUCUGCUCGUGUGUGCAAUACAGUUCCUUUUUGCUGUUAAAUUAGUGCACUCUCCUUCAGCACCUAAUGGACGAUCAAAUAAAUACCUGCAGAAGUCGGCCAUCACAAGGGUAUGCGCUGUCGGCGGGUUCUUUAUAUCAAUACCGGUAUUUUUAACAGGCAUAAUACUCUAUACCUUCAUCCAGUUCCACUCAACGCCAGCAAUAGUGACGUCAGUAUUCAUCGGCGUCGGCAUCAUCUUCUGCGGCUGCGCUAUGGUCCAUAACGUCUUCGUAUGGCAAAAAGAAAAAACGAACCUCGUCAAGGCAUUUCGAACCCAAGAAGUGGCCGCAACGCCGAACUUAAAUACUUCGAACGGAGUCAUAAUGGGGAACGGCCAUUUAAAUAAUACGGGGAUGGGAAACUUGAGUUUUCAUAGCAUGCAGGCUGGAGCCCCUUAUACUCAUCCUAUUACGUUGUUGCAGCAAGGAGGGCCUUAUAUUAUAAGGCCGCCUACGAGCACGCCGCCGGGUGAGGGCGCGGCCACGCCGGGCGUGCCGCCCGCCACCAUCGACCUGAGUCACGAUACACACGAACUCAGCACGCUUGUGUGAACACACCGUGCUAGGAUCUCGAGUCAAGAAAUUAUAGAAGGAACUAUAAAACAAGGGAUAUAUAUACCUAUACAAGAAAAGACGGUUUAUGUCUAUAUAGAUCUAAGCAGUCAGCUUGGGGUUAGGCUUUGAAUGAUACAGAGCUAAGUAUUAGGGGCUUUUUAAAAUUGAGUUGAAUGGAAAUUAUGCGAGACAAGUUUUGUAUUUGAACGACCGAGGCUCUAAAUCAUGAGUUUUUUUUAUUACAGAGGUAUAAUUUCAAGGGGACAGGCUUGUACUAGACUGAGUCUCUUAGUCAUGACGUUUAAAACAGUUAUGAUAUUAAAAAUCGCUCAUCAGCUUUGAUCUAGUCAUUACGUGUGGCGUAAAGACUAAGUAUGGCGUAUCGGUUAGGUGUGAAAGAAAAAGUGAAUAUGUGUAAACUGCGUUAUGGGUAACUCCCAGCUCACUGCCGUACGUGACAUACGUUUGGUUUAAACGCGGUCUAAUAUAACCAAAAGGCAUUUUAUUAACCGAGAUAAAACCUGCUUUUGGAUGAGGCCUUUUUUCGGUACUGUGAUUUUUUACAGAUAGACUAAAAUAUAAUUUCGCAACUAAAAAGUUUAGUUAACCCCUUACAACAUUAAAAGAAUGGUUGGAGCUGUCACCUAGCUACAUCGAAUGAAAAAUCGCAACAUAGAUGAGAAGAGUUACAAAUUUUAUACCAUAGUUUAGACGAUUAUGAUUGCCACUCAGUAGUAAAACUAAAAAUUCAUUGAUCACACGCAGAGAAUUCAGUGGACUCGUUUUCAUAUGAAUGAAAAAAAUCUUAAGUAUAUUCCUUGCUUUAUAGUUUUUCUUCUAUGACGUAACAUGUACGUGACGUACAAAUAUUACACAGUAAGAUGUCAAAUUGUGACGUCAUUGUAACACGAAUGUUAUCGCAAAUGUUUGUCCCAAAGGGUGGGAGUUUGUGUGAGUGAUUGAAACGUAUGAGAUUUAUGAAUUAAUUUAUAGUAGCGAUGUAUUCGUCUUGAGAUACUGAGGAAUUUGGAAUUCGUAAGCCUAACCUUAGUUUGUCAAACAUUUGUACCAAUGCAACAACUAACAGCGACAAUCAACUUUAUACCGUCUGAAAUAAGGUACAUUUCAGCUUACGACCAUAUUUCGACAUUUAAAUAAUUUUAUCAAGAUUUGUUUUUGUUUUUUCGUCUCAAGACGAAGACAUCGCCGGCAUUCAGCUUACGCUGUUAUCUUUAACUCAAAGGCCAUAAUAAGCCUAUAACAUACUUGUUCUUUUUGUAUAUUGUGGUAACUGUAAAUAUUGUUUCUUUAGUUUAUGUUUAAAUUGCCAUGUUUUUAUUUUAAUUAGUUUAUUUAAGAGAUCUAGAAAUUUUUCUUGCCUUUUUUUCGCGGGUGAAAUAGAAUGUAUUAAUUUACGUUUCCAUUGCUUAGUAAGUGUUUAAUUAGUCGAUUCUAGUGUUGUUAUGAAUCGAUUAUUAUCAGUAUGUGACUUGUAGUUACUAUCGGCAUUAUCUUAAAAUCGUAUUAAAUCAGUUAAUAUGUUAUUUUGAUUGUAAGAAGCGAUUUGUUAUUCAAAAAUGAUAAAACAAUCCCAAUUAGAUUUUACUAAAAUACUUAGUCAAAAAGUUUUUAUUUUCAUGAGCUCUAAAAGUUGCUUGUUUCUCAAGCGUUAAUUAGAAUAAUUACUAAGCUGUGGAGACGUAAAUUAGCAGUUUAAACUAUCAAAAUUGCAAGUGGUUUGUCAACAUAAUAAAUAUUUAAAAUACUCACUGAACAGAAAUAUUAAAUUGAUUGAAAAUCACUCGCAAGGUUACAUAAGAGAUACACGAAUAAUCGAUUAGGUAUAGAAAAGAAAAAUCGAUUAUAAAGUCAAGAAUUGACGACGAAUUUUUUUUGACGAGAUAUCUUCUUUUUCUGCAGUCAAAUAUAUUAAAAGAGAUUAUAACUUCGCUACAUCGCCUUUAUUAAACAACUUCAAAUUUUAUUAAAGCUCUACUGUAUACAUUUUCGAAAUAUUUAACGUGAAAAGUCUAAAAGAUCUGUAUUUUUUAUAAUUGUUAUUUAUAAAUUAUUUUUCUUUAAUUUUUCGACAAAAUCCGAUAUAAAUAAAAAACUCGCACAUACGAAACAUACAAUUGGAUUACAAAUGAGUAAGUUAAGUUAAAAUUAAACCCACCAAUCUGAUAUUAGUACUAAAAUAAAUAAAAAAAAACAAACCGAAAAUAAAAAGCGUAACAAAAUGUAUAUUUGUACAUAGUGUUUACAUAUAAAUCAGGAGGCAUAAAUUUAUUUAUUAUCUUUUCUUUUAACUGGUAACAUUUGCUAUUUUUACUGUAGUUCAUUUUAUGUGAGACUAAAAAAUAAAAAUAAAAUAAAAUAAA